AUGACACAGAGAAGAUUCAUACUGCCUUUCCAACUUUUGACGCUUAUUGGUCUCCUUUCCUUUGCUUUGCCUUCCGUGGCUCAGUCAAGUCGACAAUUUCAGUGGAAGUUCGCAAACUCUGCGAUAGCUGAUGUUAUCCCGUCAUGCGCUGAAUUGGCGAUUAUCGUCCAAUCUUCUGAUCCUACGACAAAUUUAACAAAUGGCGUUCCGCCUUACUAUAUGCUAUCUUUCGAACUUGGUGGAACACCUCAGAGGACAUUCAUUGGGACAGAUGAUGCUAAUCUCAGUUGGCAGGUCACACAUGCUCCUGGCUCUAAGCUAGUGUUAAGUGUUGUCGACUCGACGGGUGGUGCAGGAGGAAUACCUCCAAGGGUAAUAACCGUCACGCUGGGACAGUCAACGCAAUGCGUUGUGUCUUCUCCAACUACGCCGUCUUUCACAGUUACCUCCAAUGUCACGACAGACCUCACAACAUGUCAACCAUGGGGACUAACUGUGAAAGGAGGUGUGCCUCCUUACAAUGUGACGAUUGUGGAACUCAAUUCACCGGUGACAACCAAUGUUACAAUACCCAACGGCCUUGACCGGUUUACCUAUAUUGAUCGCGCCGAUCCAGGUGCUUUACUUGUCGCUGCCGUCAGUGACUUUGACAAUGUUAUUGUUGAUAGCAAUGGAUCAUGGGCCUUUGGGACGCCUUCUGUCAACACAAACGGCCCUCCUGUUACUGAUAGCUCGUGUAUAGGAUUAGUCAGUUCGAGUGGCAAUAACACGAUAAUCCAGCAGCAGUUGGACGCUGAAAAUGCCACUCUUCAGGCGGCGAAGCGAAAGCGAACCACUGUUGUCGGAGUGGUGGUUACGCUGCUUCUGCUGCUUGUGAUCGGGAUUGCAGGGCUCAUAUUUUGGCGCCUUCGCAGACGCCAGAAAGAGGAACAAGCCGAGCUGGCAGAAGCAAAGGCGAUCCAAUUUGUCGACGCGCCCAAGGAAGUGACGAUGCUGUCCAUCAACAAUUAUUUGGCUCAAGAUCAGAAUCAAAAUCAGAAUCAAAGUCGGAGUCAAACAAACCAAAACCGAGGGCAGACGACACCAGCGUCCAGAAAGGCUGCGAUUAUGGCCGACAUGCGGAAUAUAGAAACGAGUGCCAGUAGUUCGCGGAGGGGGAAGUCGUCGCCCAUUCAGGGUUCGCCUGAUUCUACGACGGGAUUAUUGGCUUCUGUAGCAGGCGAAUUCGAUGCAUCUGGAAGCUCGGUCGCCACGGCUGGCUCGCGCUCGGGGAGCGUGAGGUCCAAUUCUGGAUUUGCGAGGUUCCCAACAACAUCGAUCCGACAGUCGGCGAAGUUGCAAGAGAGCAAUGUUUUUACCACACGCUCACCCGAAUCAGAAUUCACUGAUUCUACGUUGCGUGGUGGACCGGAAGUCUUCCAGCAUGAAGAUGGCGGUGUGGCUAGAGUUUCUCUGCCUCCACCAUAUGCAGACAGGCUUCGACGUUCUCAAGCGGCGUCAUCUUCCUCGUAA